AUGGUUGAGAUAUCUGCCCUUGAUUCUGGUCCGACCGACGCCCCGGCAGUCACACCGCAACCCGAGCAUGCGAGCGGUACACAGAAAGACUCUUCAAAAGACAAGGGACCAAGGAGCCGCACUCCGCUGCCAUUCCGUAUACUAGUGGCAUUCAUCGCUCUCAACCUUUCCAUCUUCCUGGUAGCUCUCGACACAGUCAUCAUACCCACCGCCCUGCCGACCAUCUCGCAGUCUUUCCGAAUACCCGACUCGCUCUACGCAUGGACCGGAUCUGCAUACCUUCUCACCAACGCCGCAUCGAUACCCUUCUGGGGGAAGUUAUCCGACAUCUUUGGAAGAAAGUCCGUUCUGCUAGCGGCCAAUGUUGUUUUCCUAGGCGGAAGCAUUGUCUGCGCAGUGAGCAUCAGUGCCCCCAUGCUCAUUACAGGGCGAUCGAUACAGGGCCUCGGUGGUGGUGGCGUCGUGGUGCUAGUGCACGUUUGUGUCAGCGACCUGUUCUCGAUUCGAGAUCGCUCCUUCUACAUGGGCAUGGUCGGGGCGUCGUGGGCACUCGCCUCUGCUCUGGGUCCUGUGCUCGGCGGUGUCUUUGCCCAGGAGCUCAAGUGGCAGUGGUGUUUUUACAUCAACAUACCCAUUGUUACUUUUUCCAUUGUUGUGCUCUACUUCACUCUCGACCUCCGUGAUCCCAGAACACCGCUCCUCCAAGGCCUUGGUCAUAUCGAUUGGCUUGGUACAAUCACGAUCAUCACGGCUACUUUUCUGCUGCUUGUUGGGCUGCAGGUUGGUAGCGGGAGCUCCUAUGGCAGGCCGCUGGUCAUUUCACUCAUCGUCAUCGGGGCCUUCAUAUUCAUCGCCUUUCCCUUCUCGCAAUGGUGGGAGGACAAGCGUGACGGCAGCCCCAUCAUGCCUCUGCGCAUAUUCAAGGACGUCAGCAACCUCAGUGCACUGGGUGUCUGCGCAUGCGAUGCCUUGGUCUUCAACUCAGUCGCAUACUUUGUGCCGCUGUAUUUCCAGAUUGUUCUCGAGAGGACUCCAACAGUCACCGGAAUACUCAUGCUCGCUGUUGCAGUACCUCUCGCAAUAGUUUCCUUCGCAUCAGGUCAUUUGAUUGAGAAGACGGGGCGCUUCGUCGAGGUGCUCCAAGCCGGACUCUUCUUGAUGACUCUCGGUGUCGGUCUUCUGAUAACCCUCGAUGCAUCCUUCGAUCUCGGCAAAAUCAUUGGAAUUCUCGUCGUCAUUGGACUGGGUUUUGGCCCCAACUUUGGCGCUCCGCUUAUCGCCUUACAAACACGCAUCCAAGAAUGUGACAUUGCCACCGGCACGGCGGCUUUUGGCUUCGUCCGCAUGGUCUCUGGAGCUAUCGGUCUCGUUCUCGGCCAAGUCGUUUUCCAGCACUGGGAGUCUUCGGGGUUCCAGACGCUUGUCGACAGCGGGAUUCCCGGAGAUCUCGCUAGUAUGCUUGUCGGCGGAGAAGCUAUUGCCCAUGGUAUCCAGAUCAGAGAGCUCAACGAUGCGCAAAGGGUAGUCAUACACAAAAGCUUCACGACUUCCCUGCGAGGAACAUGGAUCCUCUACACCAUUGUCAGUGCAUUGGGGCUUUCGAUUUCCUUUGGAAUUAAGAGGUCCAAAUUGCAUCGUGAGCCGCCGCCAUUAACUGCACUCGAAGCUGGGCAUUCAGACAGCGAGUAG